CUUCAGAUAUCUCUCUAUUUAAAGUUCAAAGAGACGCUGGAUAACAAUAAGGAAGAGGUAAGUGUGCCCCGCGGCGCCACUCCACAGCAGGAAGAAUGGCCGGGAAAGCGGAGUCCACGUUACAGCACUUUCUGGUCCCCAUUCUUCUCCUGAUCGGCUGGAUUGUGGGCUGCAUCAUAGUGAUUUAUGUUGUCUUCUCUUAGGCAGGCAAGAAGACCUCAGAUUGACAUCUUUUAGAAGACUUCAGAAAGAUGUGGAUGUGACUGAUUAAUAAAUGUGUCUCAUGU